UUCCGGCGCAGGCUACAUCCAGAUCUUCGGGCUUUUCAGAAGAAGCCUCCCGGCCCCCUGCCUCCUUUGCUCCCUGCCUCCUUGCCAGGCCAGUUGCUGUAGGUGCAAGCAACCUGUGAACUCAUGCCAGCUCCUUGAGACUUCACAGAGGCAAAGGCAUUCCAGGACUCAGAGGCUGUGGUCAACUGGCCAGGGGGUGGAGACUGCUCUCUGCUCUUAGUUGCCCUUCAGGUUCUGUGCCCCGGGGACCUGGCAGUGGCAGAAUCCUGUGGGCACCUGGGGUGGUGGCCUGGGAGCCUGUGCUCCUCCCGCGGCCUCCCCCAGGGUGUGAUCUCCGCCCCAGCUUGGGCUCUUUCUGUUUCACUUUUCUUUUUAGCUGGGGUUGGGACUCGGCUGGAAAGCGCACUGGGGAAGCCGGGGAAAUCCCGGCCGAUUUCGCCCCUCGCGCCUCGAUUGCUCCGGCUGGCUCCCGCCCUGCAACCUGCAGCCUGAAUUCCAUGGAGGUACUGAAUGGGAGAUGGUAGUGCUGCUGGUGGUGGAUCAACAAUGGAAUUUUUCCCGAAAGCCUACGCCCCGGGCCCCUCCCAACUCUGGCUCUGCACCCUUCUCCCCACCAGCCGCGGGCCAGGCCGCCCCGCCCUCUUGACCGAGACUUCAAUUCUCAGUGGCACUUUCUGCGGAGCGUUUUUCCUGCUGUCCAGACAUUCUUCUCCGGGGUUCUCCUCUACAUCCUCCCCUUGCAGAGUAGGGCAACUCCAGCCCGCUGUACUCAGAGGCUUGCAGUGCGCCGUUCUCCGCGCUGCAGCCACCUUGCCAGGGCAGGACUGGGGGUGAAGCAACGCCUGUCUGGCUGCCCCCGCCCAGUUGCAGACUUGGAAGAAGACAGGAUCCUGCCGCUGGGAAGGCUGAGUUCCACAUCUAACCAAGCUCAGAGAGGUCAGGAAAGGAGGUGUUCUGGAUGGAUGGCUGCUGGAAGCCCAUAGCCAUAGCCAGUUCUUCAUCAACUCUUAAGCAUCCACCUGGGCAUUAAGUAAUGAAAAUUUUGAAACCAUAUAUGAGGAAUGCAUCCAUCUCAUGCUGCUUGUGUUUCCUUCUAAACAGUCAUUUUUUAACUGAGGCUGGCAUUCAUGUCUUCAUUUUGGGCUGUCUCAUUAUAGGUCUCCCUAAAACAGAGGCCAACUGGGAAUAUAUAAGAAUUGACCUGGAAAAAAUUCAAAAUUUUAGUAAACAUAUUCAUAUUGAUACUACUUUAUACACUGACAUUGACUUUCAUUCCAGUUGCAAAUUUACUGCACUGAAUUGCUUUCUCACGGAGUUACGGGUUAUUUUACACGAGUAUAAGUACCAUGACGAAAACCUUACUGAUACAGUACUAAACGUGAUGAUUCUUGGAAACAGCACUCUGUUUUCUAACAAGAAUAUAGUAGAAUAUGGCUGCAAGAAAUGUGAAGAACUGGAGGAGAAAAACUUCACAGAAUUUUUGCAGAGUUUUAUACGCAUUGUACAAAUGUUCUCCGAAAAGUCUUGAUUGUAGUUGAUUCUCUUCAGUUAUUAAGACGCCUCCUCCUGUUGCUCAGAGGCAGCACAGCUCUGUGCAUUUGAGAUCUGCUGGGAAAGCAAAGCUUUCUCACAGGAAGCUGAUGAGCUGCUUGGAUCCCAUAGACUCUUUGAAAUGAAGGGAGAAAAAGCUUUUCUCAGACUUUUUUUUUUUGCUUGCUUAUUUUUAAUUUAUUAUUGCAGUUGUACAUAUUUGUAAUAUAACAGAAGAUGUGGAAUAAAGUUUUGUGUAUGUUUUAUCAAUUGAAA